CCAAAUGGCUAAGCCUGAGGCCAGUGUCAAGAAGAAUGGCAUUGUAAAGCUGAAGACCGCUGUUGGGAGGCUGCAGAGGAGCCUCUCCUUGGGUCGAAGGUCCAAUUCUGGGCUACACGAGUUCGAUCAUGAACUUGGGGAUGACGACUCGACUCCGGUACCGGAGGAUGUCAAAGAAGGCCAUUUCGCGGUUGUGGCAGUUGAUGCUGAGGAGCCGAAACGAUUUGUUGUUCCGUUGAGUUGCUUGAAUAAUCCGACGUUUUUGAGACUUCUGGAGGCAGCAGCAGAGGAGUAUGGAUUUGAUCAUGAGGGUGCGCUGACAAUCCCGUGUCGACCGAGCGAGCUCGAGAGGAUCUUGGCAGAGGAAUGGGAGGAGGAGGAGGAGAAUGAGAAUCGCUGCUUUUAAGGGAUAGUGUGAUUUGGGGAACAAUAACGUGGGGUUUUGAAGCUAUUGAAACGACCAAGAGGAUCAAAAUUAAGGUUGUUUUUUUCGUAGCUUCAAGCUCUUCACAGCAUUGUAAAACAUUUUACCAAGGGAAAAAUUGGUAUUUUGAGAAUGGCCAAUCAAAGUUUGUGGUCAUUUGAUUACAUGUUCAUUUUUUCUACUGUGUUGUGUUUAAUUUGGUGUGUUUUAUUUUAUGAUUCUACUCCUCU